AUGACUAUCUCAUCCGAUCCGCUGUCGGGGUACGUGUAUCACCUCACCCAAAGCCAGGAAGCAAAACUACGAGAGUUAUGGAUCCUCUUGUUCAAUUCGGCAGCUUCUGUACUGUCUGCUGUGUACGACGUUCCGAUCCCACAAGGCUCACCCCAUCAGCUCUUUGAGGCUCUAGAUAAUAUCCAGGAACCGUCUGUGGAUGCAAUUUUAGCUGCAUUAAAUAAGGAGAAGCCUACUUCAUCGGCUGCAAACAACUUGUCUACUUCAGACACAAAUGGUGAAAAUAAAGAACAAAAGGCUCUUGACAAGAUGGAGUCUCUGAUCAACAAAGAAGCCGAAAAGAACAUCAUCUCGGAGAUGGCUUCGCGGAAGGUGACACCGGAACAUUUUUCUAUGCUAUUUAAACAGCUUCGAGAUAUGGGCGUUCCCGAGUCGGAGAUUAAGUCCAUGCAGACAAUUUUGUCCAAGCUAGGCCCAGAGGAGAUGGUCUUUGCGGUGCUGAAAAUGAUUAAACAGGAGCACCCAGAUGCCCUGCUUCUUCGUUUUCUACGAGCCAGAAAAUGGGAUGUUGGAAAAGCCUUUGCAAUGAUGACUUCGGCAAUUUUAUGGCGAAAGGAAAUCGAAGUUGAUGAUGAUAUCAUGCCUAAGGGCGAGCUUCACGCUCUGCAGCAAGCCGAAGAUGAGAAACUCAGUUCUGCUGCGCGGAAGGAAGGACAGGAUUUUAUUUCACAGUUUGAGAUGGGCAAGAGUUAUCUCCAUGGAUUUGAUAAACAGGGCAGGCCUAUUGGUGUUGUGAGAGUUUGUCUGCACAAGCCUGGAGCUCAGAGUCAGAAAACUCUCGAGCGGUAUAUUGUCCAUACCAUCGAGACGACACGGAUACUGGUGACUCCUCCAGUGGAGACAGGUGGAAUUGUCUUUGAUAUGACCGGGUUCGGGUUGUCGAACAUGGUAGUUACAAACCUCGCCCUGGAAUAUUCACCAGUCAAAUUUAUCAUAAAAUGUUUUGAAGCCAAUUACCCAGAGUCAUUGGGCAUACUUCUUAUCCAUAACGCGCCAUGGAUUUUCUCUGGAUUCUGGAAAAUUAUCCAUGGCUGGAUGGACCCGGUAGUUGCCUCCAAAGUCCACUUUACCCGAUCAGCAGAUGACCUGGAGAAAUUCAUCCCUCGAGAGAAUAUCCCCAAAGAGUUGGGCGGGGAAAAGGAAUGGGAAUACGAGUAUGUCAAGCCAAAGCCAGACGAAAAUACGGUCAUGCAGGACACAAAGACCCGGGACGCUCUAAUGUUCGAGAGGAUGAUGAUCGGUCUGCGACUACUCGCUGCAACAGCGGCAUGGAUUUCUUCCACGACAUUUUCGGAAAAAGAAGAUGAAAAGACGGUGAAGGAAUUGAAGGCCAAGAGGGAGGCAAUUGUUGAGGAGUUUCAGAGUAACUACUGGAAACUGGACCCAUAUGUUCGGGCAAGAGCGCUGAUUGACCGCACUGGAGUUCUUGAGCCAGAUGGGACAGUUACCGUCUCGUAG